UAUCGACGGGGGAGCACUCAAACGGAAAAGAAAUGACCCUGAAUAAUUGUACAAAUGCCACGAUUCAACAAAACCACUCCAAGCCAGAAGACACCGUGGGCUUCGUCCCAGAGAUUGAGAACGUUCAUUUGCGAUCGGCGUUGGCUUUUGGCUGCGCUCUGAUCUUUCUCGUCGGCGUGCCGGGAAACAUCGUUCUGCUCGCCGCCCUGCGAGAGAGCAUCCGGAACAGAGACGGCGACACCGUUACCUCCGUCACGAGCGUCUUGAUAUUCAACAUCACCGCCUCGGACCUCGUCCUCCUGCUCUACGUCAUCCCCUUGUUUACGCUACACUUCGUUCUCUGCAGUUGGACCUUCGGGCCGCUCGUUUGCACCGCAUUCAAGGUCGCAUCGCACGUGAGCAUGAGCGUGAGCUUCUACAGCAUGGUGUGCCUGUCUGUCGUGCGUUACGUUGCCGUGGUGCACCCCAUCCGCGCGCGGCUCGUGCGCUACAACCACGCGCUCCUGCUCUGCGCCUUCAUCUGGCUGGCCACCUCGGGCUUGAGUACCCCCCGAUGGCUCUACAGCCGCGUCGUCGGCGUGGGUGCGUGCAGCGUCUGCGCGCUGGUCAUGGACGAGAGGGAGAGGCUGCUCUUUGACGUGGCACUGAACAUCGUCGGGUUCAUCCCGGCCGUCGCCGUCAUGGUCUUCUGCUACUCGAGGAUCGUGCGAACGCUGUGGAGGAGAGGGGACAUGAUACGCAAUAACCAGGCGAGCGUUCUGUUUAACCGCCAGGCCACGAUUAUGACACUGGUUGCCUUUAUAGCCUUCUGCCUGCUGUGCAUCCCCAUGCUGGUUUACAUGCUCUGCCAGGCAAAGUUGUUCACCAACAGCUUGGAUUACGCCAUCGUUAGCCAAGUUUCAAUUGUCCUCUGUUACACCAACAGCUGCAUCAACCCAGUCAUAUACUUUUCUCUCUCGGGGCAGUUCCGCUUCGCUCUCAAGAAAGUUGUAAGGAAUUGCCAUUCUGAGCAAAAUUUGCAAAACAAUGGUUUGCCUCGAAACACAGCAGAAAUGCAUAAUGUCUGUAUUUUGACGUCGUUUAGAACAAUUGAAAAUGCGUGA